CUUCCCUCUCUUCUUGCCCUUAUCUCCUUUACUGCUUCAUUCACAGAGGGAGGGAAUUCAUUCCAUCUCAGUUGAAAUGUCUUCCGAUCUUGAGAACCCCCCGGCCGUGGCAUCCGCUGCCGAUCCCCUGAACCUCUCCAGCAAAUUCAAGCGCUCGUCAGAUAUUCCGGCUGCGGCCAACAGCUCACGAAAACGCAUUACGGCUUCCAUGAAAAGCAAAUCGAAAGUCGCCGACUUUUACACACAGCAAAACGAGCACAUCGAGCGACUCCUCAAGCCCGUACACGACCAUGUCCGAGAGUCCCGGGACAACGAAGCCUCCAAUCAACUGCAAUAUCAAAUCGCGGUGUAUGGUUCCUUCGUGUGCAACAUCUUUCUGUCUGGCCUACAGCUUUACGGCGCCAUUUCCUCCGGAUCGCUGUCGCUCUUCACCACCAUGGCGGACUCCAUCUUCGACCCCAUGUCUAAUAUCACUCUAAUCCUAUGCAACCGCGAGGCAAAGAAGGGAUAUACGCAUCGAUUUCCAGUAGGCAAGUCGCGAGUCGAGACGGCCGGCAAUAUCUUCUUCUCUUUCAUCAUGAUGGCUGUCUCCUUAAUCUUGAUUGCCUUUUCAUGUCAGCAGCUGGCGCAGGGCGGAGAGGCGGAUUUUCACCUGCCAUCGGUGAUUGCCGUGACCGUCGCUUUUGCAGUCAAAUUGGGCCUAUUUCUCUACUGCUGGGCCUUGCGGAAUACCUAUUCCCAGGUUCGCAUUCUUUGGGAGGAUCACCGCAACGACCUCUUCAUCAAUGGGUUCGGUAUUCUGACCUCGGUCGGUGGUUCCAAACUCAAAUGGUGGAUUGAUCCCAUGGGCGCCGUUAUUCUCUCAUGCUUGAUUCUGGGCCUCUGGCUGCAUACCUCGAUCGGCGAGUUUAAGCUGCUGAUCGGAGUGUCUGCAGACGCUGGCAUGCUGAACCAAAUCACGUACAUCGCCAUGACCCAUAGCGACUCGGUUGAGGCGGUUGAUACCGUACGCGCAUAUCAUUCGGGGCCGCAGUUGAUUGUAGAGGUUGAUAUUGUCAUGAAUGCCAAUCUGCCACUGCAUGUCUGCCAUGACGUGGCGGAGGAUCUGCAGGAGAAGCUGGAGAGUCUCCCAAAUGUUGAGCGGGCGUUCGUGCACAUUGAUUAUGAGGUGACGCAUCGACCAGAACAUAUGAAAAAGUUUAUUUAGUGUAGAGAAGAUAUUACUAGACCAGGGAACAUAUAGAUUCAUGAAGCAUUAUCAAAGAUUAUUGGAGCCAUAGUCCAAGGGACUUAAACCCAAUCUCGC